GGGGUUGGGGGGACGCGGAGCGAUGGCCCGCGCCGGCCGCUGGGGCGGAUAGGAGCCCGUGGCGCCGCGGGUGUGGGUCGGAGGGAGGAGACGGUGCCCGAGCGCCCCGGGAGUAUGACGGGGCUGUACGAGCUGGUGUGGCGGGUGCUGCACGCGCUGCUCUGCCUGCACCGCACGCUCGCCUCCUGGCUCCGCGUUCGCUUCGGCACCUGGAACUGGAUCUGGCGGCGCUGCUACCGCGCCGCCUCCGCCGCGGUCCUAGCGCCGCUCGGCUUCACGCUCCGCAAGCCCCCGGCCGUCGGCAGGAACCGGCGUCAUCACCGGCACCCGCACGGGGGACCCGGGCCGGCCGCCACCCAUCCCCGGCUGCGCUGGCGCGCGGACGGCCGCUCCCUGCAGAAGCUGCCGGUGCACAUGGGCCUGGUGAUCACCGAGGUGGAGCAGGAGCCCAGCUUCUCGGACAUCGCGAGUCUCGUGGUGUGGUGUAUGGCCGUGGGGAUCUCCUACAUUAGCGUCUACGACCACCAAGGUAUUUUCAAGAGAAAUAAUUCCAGAUUGAUGGAUGAAAUUUUAAAACAACAGCAGGAACUUUUGGGCCUAGGUUGUUCCAAAUACUCACCAGAGUUUGCAAAUAGUAACAACAAAGACGAUCAAGUUUUAAAUUGCCCUUCAGCUGUGAAGGUGCUGUCCCCAGAAGAUGGCAAAGCAGACAUUGUGCGAGCUGCCCAGGACUUUUGCCAGUUAGUAGCUCAGCAGCAGAGAAGACCCACAGAUUUGGAUGUAGAUCUGCUAGACAGCUUACUUAGUUCACAUGGUUUCCCUGAUCCUGAUUUAGUGUUGAAGUUUGGUCCUGUGGACAGCACAUUAGGCUUUCUUCCUUGGCAAAUCAGAUUGACUGAGAUCGUCUCUUUGCCUUCUCACCUGAACAUCAGUUACGAGGACUUUUUCUCCGCGCUUCGCCAGUAUGCAGCUUGUGAACAGCGUCUGGGAAAGUAGUGGCUUCUGGUUGCAUAACAGGAUUUCAGGCUUUUGGAGAAAAGGACCCAAUUGACUCUGAUGUUUACAAAGUACCUAUAAAACCUUGUACACACCUAGUUCAUAUUCCUCAUAAUUUAUCAACAAACACAAAAAAGUGUCUUACUUGAGAGUGAAUGAGUGUGUGCGUGUGUGCGUGCAUGUGUGUAUGGAAAUAAACUUAUAAAUGGGGCGCAUCGGAGAGUAGAGUCCAUAGACCUUCAGUUGAAGCAAGCAGCGGCCGUGUCUUAGGAACUGAGACUUGAGAUGGAAAGGCUUCAGCUCCUGCUGCUCCUCUGUUUGUGUGGGGAGUGGAGGGGUGAGUAGAGAGAGCUGGGGGAGGUUGUUUGUGGUGGGAGAGGAUCAUUUUUGUUCAGUCUUUCUUAGUGACCAAACUUUAAUUUUUAAGAAUAAUAUAUUGACUUACUAGUGGAAGUAUUCUUAUUGUGAGGGACAGUCAGAGGUUCUGGAUUGUUCCCACGGUGGAAGCUUGCUCACCUGAGGAGCAAAGGCAGUCUCCUCAGCUUUCCGUCCAUUUCAUUUCUGCGUUAUAGUAAACUGGGACUUGAGAGCACUGGUCUGCUGUCUGGUCUGGGUUGUAAAGAUCAUUUGAAAAAAAAAGAAGUCUUACAGCAUUGAAGUACAGAAUACAAAAAAUUUUAAAUAUUGAGUUAGGCGGUUGAAAACCAAAAAAGUGAAUAAAUGAUAAUCUUAAAGAUGGAAAAUUUCCUAAGAGGACAGUUUUGAUUUCCUUGUGUGAUGAGUAGUAUGCUAUAUAGUGUCCAAACCAUUAAAAAAAAGUUUCCAUUAACUUUUUAUUUAAAACAUUUGAGAGAAGUUAACCAAGGCAGCUUUUUACCUCAAAAGUAACCUGCUGCUCUCUCGAGUGCUCCAGUAAAUCUCAGUGAUGACUUUGCAUAAUGAUUAAGUAGGUGGAGGCCUGUAUUACCAAAACCUGUGAGCAUAGUUUAACUUGAUCUUCUGUGUUCUCUUGUGUUCUAGAGAACAGCACUGCUUCUGACAGAAUUGUAUUCUUGAUAAUGUUUCAUGUUUUUCCACUGAUAAUCUUUGGAUAGAAACCAUUCUUUAUAUUUGAUGGACAGUUUUCAGAAAACUUUAUCAGCAAGUAUACAAGAGUCGUGUACAUUUAGAAUAGAGCAGUUUAAAUACAAGGCCUCAGAAAUCUGAAAAAUAGCAAAGAACCUGGGUUUGGAAAGUAUGGUCUGGAAUUACCUGUCAGACUCUGAAGAAUACAUGUUUCAGCUUUGGAUUACAGACCCCAUUUAUGAUUUUUAAAAUAUACUUGAAAUAAAAUGAUUAAAAUGAAUUUUGGUCCAGUGACAUUACUUUGCACUUCAGUUUUUUUGUACAAAAUUUUAAAGUUUUAAUUUAUUGCCAAAAAUUUGUGUGAAGCCUCAGUGUAUUUAAAGGUUAUUAGAGAAUUCCCCAUUUCUGUUCCCCUGUACUGUGAUCUGUGUUCCUCUGGUUUUAUUCCUCUACAGGGGGAGGUAAUUUAAGGCAGUUUAACACCUUUUGUAAACAUGAGAGGUAUAAAUACAGAUCUUCUGGGGGGUAUGCACAGCUUUAAUGAGUUAAAUUUUGGGCUCAAUUGAAAUAAGGGAAUUCAAGGUUUGCUAAAACAAAGUUUGCCAAAUUGCCCUUUGCAAUAAAGCAAAAAUCGUAAAGCAUUGAGUUAUUAUACUUUCUUUCUUUCAUAGUAUAGCACAACAAAACAAAUCCAUAGCCUAUGACCCAAGUCUGUUUUGUUCUUAGAAAAAAAUUGCUUAAGAAAGUUAAGGAUUUUGAAUUUAAAUAAAGGCAUUCAGGAAUCUUGUUACUUGAGGUCAACUGCUAAUGCCACCUCCACAACUUGAAUAGCUCUGGUCAUUUUCAGUUUCUGCCAAGGUCAUCACAAGUUAGGAUAUCAUCAAAACUCCCUUUGCACUUCCAAGGAACUUAGUGUCUUCAUAUGUUUUAAGUUGUUUCUUCUUGACACGCUCCACAAUGAGAAAGACACCAAGUAGAACCUACUCAACAGAUGGCAUGGAGCAUAUAAAGAAGUUGGAGCGAUUAACUCCAUUCUGAAGUCUGACUGUAAAUUGCUCUUUGAAACGGACUGGUUAAUGUUUGAACUUUAAAAGCUGACUAUUAUAAUGUGAAUAGUAAAUUCUGGUAUAUUGUGACUAAGGCUUAAUAAUGCCUGUUUUUAACAAUAAAAAUGUUCCAAUAUUAACAGUGCCAAAUACACUGUGCAUAUCUAUAAUUUACCAUUUGAAUGUAUGUUAAUUAGCUACUCCCUUCUGUGUGAUGGUCCCAUGCUUGGUGUCAGUGAAGCCCUUGUGUCAUGCCUGUAGAUUUUGGCAACAUGUAAAUAAUAUGUACAGCAAGUUUUUAUGAUUAAGGAAUCAAAUUUAUUGAAUUUUAUUAUUGAAAGUUGAAACAAUGUAUGAUCAAAAAAUCAAUAAAAGAAUAUACUCUUUUCA